GGGACGUCGCCGACGUCGCCGCUGUCCUCGCCGGACGAGGGCGUCUUCUGCUUGUCGUCGUCGUCCUCCAUCCUGGCGGCCGAGUCGUGCGAGAUCCGCUCCAUCGGCAUGUCCUUGCACCCGUCCAGCAGCGCCUCGUCCGGUAUUUCGAGCCUUGUUAGCUGCGCUACAUUGACAGAACUACCCGACUUUCCGGAACUACCCGAGUACGAUGAAGCCAGGUUGCAGAGGGCGGCACAUUCCCUGCGACAGAGGCUGAUCCUCAGGAGGUGGCUCAACCAGCUAGGCCUUGGUCAGCACUACCACAGAUUGAUACAUGCAGAUGUAACAGCUCUGGAGGAUGUGUACUGGCUAGAAGAUAGUCGAGCCCAACAGUUGGUGGGCAAAGACUUUGCUCUUUGGUCUGCCGCUCGACAGACUCUUCCUUCAUCUAAGGAGCAACUAGAGUGGCUGAAAACCGAACUGUGGUCCGGUGUCGUAAAAGAGAGUCAACAUGAGGAUGCAUGGACAUGGGGCGGCAUGCUGGUUGUGUCGGUGUCUGUGGCGGGCCUGGUUACGCUGGCUGCCAUGACCCAGCCUUCUCUCGCUCCUGAAGCUAAGACGUCUCUUCUACAAUAUGUUACGGGCAAAUAUCUUUUGCCCUCUAAUUGCACUGUCAUUUUUGAGUGGGAUGAACCAGCUGUUGUUGGUGAAACUGUAACAUUCACAGUCCGUUUUUACCAACGCAAUGGACAGCCAUACCCAAUAUGUGACACAGAUAGUCUUGUAGUAGAGGUCACUGAAGGGCUGCGCCGCAUAGCUACCUUGUCAGAACUAGGUGGUACUGAGCCAUCUAAAGCAAACAUCGCAAAAGUCAAAUUCACUGUACGUCAUGCUGGCGUGUACCGUAUUGUUGUAUUAGUGGGUAGUUGCCACGUUCAAGGAAGUCCUUUCCACAAGAAGUUCCUCCCCGGACCACCAAAUCCAAGGAACACAGUUUUUGUCCGUCACAGCUCUACUGUUGUGUGUACUGCCAAAACACCUUAUCCAUUGUACAUAGAGCCAAGGGAUGAAUUCAAUAAUCUGUGCUCUUUUGAAGAAGACGAGGAUCCUCUGCAAGGAUAUGCAGUGAACAUAACUGGAGUUGGCAGCACGGACCCAGCUGAUUGCACAGUGAAUAUGGAGUAUGAUCUUUUCACAUUUCGAAUUGAGCUCAUUAUAUGUAUCAUCCCUGAGGGUUGUUACCAUGCCUGUGUGAGCUAUAAUGGAGUCCCACUUAACAAUGGAGAAUUUGACAUCAUUGUCCUUUCCUCCAAUGAUGCAAAUUUGGUGUAUAAGAAUGUUGCGUCAAAGAACCACAAUAUUUGUUAUGAAGCGCGUCUUGUAAGCCUGAAUGGAGAAAGACUGGUAAAGCCGCGGCGUGUGGCUUGUUAUGUUUCCCCUAAGCAGGUCACCAUCAAAGAUUACGUUCUGAAAUUCUUUCCUAAAAGGCUGUACACUUUUCGUCUUUGCCCCUCAACUAAGUUUAUCUACCUUGGUAACAACAACCAACACUCUGGUCUACCUGGAUUCAUUAUAGAUGACGGCUCACAACCAAAAAUAGAAUUAGUGGCUCGAGAUAGAAAUGUUUUAGCUGCAACUUUUACUCACUUCCUUCUGAAAAAUAUAGGAGGAUCUGAAACAUUCAAAGACAAACGAGACUUUUUCUACCAUGAAGUCAGAAAAAUGCACCAGAAACAUUUCCAUGAAAAGUUGAAUCUGCGGGUACUGCGGGAGAAACUACUAGAGUCUUCCAUGAAAGUCACAAAGAAUUUCUCAGUUGGUGACUGGUGCCGAAACUUUGAAGUUGCUUUUAUAGGAGAGCAAGGAAUUGAUUGGGGAGGAGUGCGUCGAGAGUGGUUUGAAUUGGUGUGUGCAUCGCUUUUCGAUUCAAGGAACAUGCUCUUCAGCGCGUUCAGCGAAGGAGGCAAUCAGCAGGCACUUGUCCACCCUUCACCAGCCCACAAACGGCCUCCACAUCUCAAACUGAAACACUUGGAGUUCGCUGGUCGCAUUGUUGGCAAAUGUCUGUAUGAAUCAUCUCUUGGGGGUGGAUACAGACAAAUGGUCCGGGCCAGGUUCACUAGAUCAUUUCUUGCCCAAAUUAUUGGCCUCAGAGUUCAUUACAAAUAUUUUGAGCAGGAUGAUCCUGAGCUGUAUUUGAGCAAAAUUAAGUAUAUUCUGGAAAAUAAUGUUGAAGACAUGGACCUGUAUUUUGUGGAAGAAGAGUAUGACAGGGCUGGCCAACUUGUCCAAGUUGUUGAGUUGAUUCCAAGUGGAUCCAAAAUUCGUGUCCAAGAAUCAACCAAACAACAAUAUCUAGAUGCUUUAGCUCAGUACCGUCUGGCGACCAGUGUUAGAGAUGAAGUAGAGGCAUUUCUUAAAGGGCUCACUGAUCUUGUCCCAGACAACCUGCUUAGCAUCUUUGAUGAAAAUGAACUUGAGCUGUUACUCUGUGGAACUGAGGAAUACAAUGUAUCAGACUUCAAGGCAAAUCAUGUCAUCAAUGGUGGCUCAGCUGAUUUCCGUCGGUCUCUUGAAUGGUUCUGGACAGCUGUUUCUAACUUCACAAAAGAGGAAAUGGCUCGGCUUCUUCAGUUUACAACUGGUUGUUCUCAGUUGCCUCCUGGAGGCUUCCGUGAGCUCAGCCCUCGGUUUCAGAUUACUGCUGCUCCUACUUUUGGAUCUUUACCUACAGCACAUACCUGUUUCAACCAAUUGUGUUUACCUGAAUAUGAAAGCUACGAGCAGUUUGAGAAGGCCCUACGAAUUGCAAUCAAUGAAGGCGCCGAAGGGUUUGGCUUGUUUUAACAAGUGAUUGCAUCCAUCAUCCCAAAUCAUUCCUUUCAUUUAUCUAUGAAGAUUAUUGCUAUAGUUGUGACACUUCUGUGUUAUUGAGAAGUUCAUGUCAAAGUAUGAUGUGUAGGCAUAAUGCGAGUAAGGUGUGUCAAAGAGAUGAAACAUGUAGAUAGGUAGAUGGCUUUUUUUGUUUAAAUAUUGUGUUGUCUCUAGAAGUGUGGUCACACAAAAAUGACCAAUACCUUAUAUAAUGUACUCAGUAAAUGACAUAAAGGACCAGGUGGUGUCCUGAAAAAGUUUCUAUCUUUUGUGGCACUCCACUUUUGAAUGGACUCAAUGUCAAAGUUAGAUUUGUUUUGUUACUUUUGCUAUUUAUUAAAACAUUGAGAUUUUUUUAUGUCUUCAAAUGUUUUUUAGGGGCUGUGAUGUCUUUGUUUUACUCAUUUUAGACUUUGAGUUUAGCUCAAUGAAUCGUUUUGUGAACAUUCCUGUUGUUACCAUCUGAUAUGUCUGAUUUUAGCUAUAUUUUGCAAGUGAUUUAUGUGUUGCAAGUAUUUUGCAAGAUGCCGUCUACUUUACUUGAGAAUUCCUUUUUCCUAAAAAGACAACUUGCUGUCAUGAGUUGCCAUGUUAUAAAAGAGUAGUUAACUGCAACAUUCCAUUUUCUAGAUUUGUGAUUCAAAAGUUUCCAAAUCGAUUAGCAUCCAUUUAAAGGGACCAUUUUCAUAAAUUCAAUCCCAUACUGGAUCAUCAAAUCAUGUUGCACAUUUUGCACAAGGAAUAUACAGUUAGUUCCUGUAAUUAAAAAUUAUCAUUUUUAACAACUGUAGUGUGUUUACUUGUUUGUUUGUUUUUAACAUUUUUGACCACUAGCUGUUUAACAUUAUUACUCAUGCUAUUUACUUUGGCAGAAAAAUUUAGUCUAUUGCAUUUUUUGUUGUUUGUUCACCACAAAGCUGCAAUUUUUUCUUUUCAGUAGAGCUUGGAUUGUCAAUUUUCUUAACUUUAUGAACCAAGUUUAUUGUUGUUGAAAAAAGAUUCUGGUUCCAGAUGAGGAUGCCAAUUCUUUUAUGGGAUCAGUCAAAUAUUCCAAAGUUAAUUGGAACCUGGAUCUCUCAAUUUUCCUUUCUAGAGUAUUUUAGAUUAGAGAGCAAGGUCGGGCUGCUAUGCCCCCUAAUCUGUAAAUUUGGCUGUCAAAGGCUGGAUCGUUGGAAGAUUAGGGAUAGCCGAAUAGAUAAUAAACAACUGUGAUAGAUUUGCUGUUCUAUUGUUAACCAAUUACCAUUUAAUGAUAAGAAUGAUGGGGCUCCCCUCAUAAAUAUUAUGAUAUAUGAUCAAUGGUUGUGCCUCAAUAAUUAUGUAUUUCAUAAGAUCCUCUCACAUUCUCUAACUUCAAGAUUGUUCUAAUGUUAAUUUCUUUUAAAAAGUCAUUUGUUUUUCUGGAGUUUUUUUUUCUUGUCAUGUUUGCUGAGAUUGUAGUAAAUGAUGCAGAAGCUAACUUUUGUCUGUAGUACCUUAGCUGCAGAAAUGGAAGGGUUCUAUUUUUAGCCUGUCAACUGCUGCAAUUUAUUGGACCUGGAAUCAAUGAAGGAAGUGACUUUGUUUGUAAAAUCUUAGCUGCAUAGAAGCAGUAGAAGGUAACUUAAACUGAGCUUAUAAUGAUUUGUUAGAUUUCACUAGAAAUGUUUUGGUGCUAGAUGUGAUAUUCCAUGGCUGGUUCAGAAUGCAAAGGUUCCAGCUCUAAUUUUUUAAUUUUGUUUUGUUCAUACAUUUACUCAUUAUAAAAGAACACAAAUGUCUGCCGGAAAGGACUGUAGUUUUUGACUAGAGUUUCUGCCACUUUUGCUCAGAUUUUGCUUGUGGUUGAUGCCUCCUUUUUUUGAGGUCAUUGGGGAGAAAUUUAGGCAUAUCAGAAACAUUAUAACAUUGACAAUACAUGCCAUGUGGCCCAACUUGAUACCAUAUUGUGGUUUUUAAGAACGGGGUUCUAUCUUUGACCAGCUAUGCUCACAUGUUGGGGAGUGGAAUAUGAGCUGCUCCACUUUGUGUAUACUUGUUAAUAUUUCUAAGUAAGUUCCAAAAGUACCUGUUAGGUAGCGGAACCAUGCUCAUAUUGUCAUCAAUUUAAUCCCUCACGUCCAUAUGUGACAAAUUUAUUUAUGACCUAAUGUAAUUUAUUAUUCCAUCAUGAAGCCCUCAGCAAGGGAAAGUAACUUAUUGUCCCCAGACUUAUUGUAAGAUCAUGAAAUGUUUGUGAUUCUGAUUUUGCUAUUUUGCAUUAUUCUUGUGCAUUUGGCUAUGCUCCGUCCACUUCAAAAUUGUAAAGUCUCGCUUUUAAAGAACAGCAUGCAGUUUGGAGUGAAUAUUUGUGGAGGGUAUAUAUAGAGACAAAGUUUCAUUAUUUUAUUUUUUGCUCGGGGAGAAAACUGCUGUUGAAACAUGGCAUUUGAGUAAUAUUAUCUGUGCUGCCAGAUAAGCAUGUUUCACUCAAAAUAGUAAUCACCUGCUUUUCUGUCCCUGACGCACCCUUCUAUUCAUACAGUAUUACCAAAUAAUCAUUAUCUACACUGGUAAUAUAAAAGUACAAACAGUCUUGACAACUAAGAAAAUUUUAAACAAUGAUUGUAAACUAUGUAGCUUGGUUAAGAAGGAAACUUACAUGUAACAAAUGUUAUCUAUGAUCUCAGGACUCUGAUUGUAUGGAGCUACUGCAUAAAAAAAUAAACACGAUUUGGCUCUGUU